AUGUCGCACGCUGGUUUCCCCGUGGUGGAGUCGCAUCUCGAUGUGACAAGGGAACCAUAUAAAUCGAAUCGAGAAGCAUGGAAGCCGGUGAUGGAGGAGUUCUCCCAAAAUCUGAAGGGAGUAACGUCCGAAGGCAAUCCUCAAACUAUCAAUAGGCAUGAGAAGAGAGGGCAGUUGCUGGCAAGAGACAGGAUAUCCCUGCUGUUAGAUCCCGACUCGUCAUUUCUUGAACUGGGCUCUUUUACCGGGUUCGACUUGGAAGACUCCAGCCCCUGUGCGAGCCUCUUGGCCGGCAUUGGAAGCAUCAGCGGUCGCAUCUGCCUCAUACUUGCACACAUCGCAACACAAAGUGGCGGCGCGUGGAACGAGUUGACGGUAAUCAAACAAAACAGAGUGACAGAAAUCGCCAACGAAAAUGACCUACCGCUCGUUGCCCUGGUCCAGUCGGCAGGAGUCUUUCUUCCUCAGCAGUUUCGUGUUUUCCACAAAGGCGGCCAGAUCUUUCGUGAUCUCGCUAUGCGAACCCAGAAUGGACAGGCUUCCUGUGCGAUUGUCUUCGGCUCGUCAACCGCAGGUGGCGCCUAUCACCCGGGCCUCUCAGAUUAUACCAUCUUCGUGGAAAAUCAAGCGCAAGUGUUCCUCGCAGGGCCCCCUUUGGUCAAAAUGGCCACCGGCGAAAAUAUUGGCGCUGAGGAGCUAGGAGGCGCGCGAGUUCACGGGACUGUUACCGGCCUCGCAGAUCAGAUUGCCUUUGACGAAUUUGAUGCGGUUCGGAAGGCUCGCGAAUGGGUCAGCACGCUAUCACCCCGGAAUCAACCAGUGCAGCCUUUGCGCCCACCGCUUGCGCCGCGUUAUCCGAUUGAGGACAUAUUUUCCAUAGUCAAUCCUGACGUCCGGAAACCUUUCGAUAUGAGAGAGGUGGUCCUUCGGUUGGUUGACGAGUCCCGGUUGGCCGUGUUCAAGCCAGAGUAUGGCAGCAAUCUAUUGACAGGAUGGGCCUAUAUCAUGGGGAUGCGUCUGGGAAUAAUUGCAAACCAGACACCCAUCAUCAACCCAGACGAAGCGUCGAAAGGCACGCAGUUCAUUCGCCUAUGUAACCAACAAAACACCCCGAUUGUCUUUCUUCACAAUGUGACAGGGUUUAUGGUCGGCUCGAAGGCUGAGCACGCCGGCAUCAUCAAGAAGGGCGCCCAGUUUGUAUCCGCGGUGAGCUGUUCAAGAGUUCCACAUAUUUCCAUCAUCUUGGGAGCGUCAUAUGGAGCAGGCAAUUAUGCCAUGUGUGGAAGAGCAUAUAAACCACGCUUUCUGUUUACCUGGCCAACUGGACGGUGCAGCGUUAUGGGACCAGAGCAGCUGUCUGGAGUUAUGGCCCAGGUCGAAGCCAACAGUGCCCGAAGCAAAGGAGUGGUUCUCAAGCCCGAGGAAGUGGAAGCCAGAGUGCAGCGGCUGCAGAAGGAGGUCCAGCGGGAUAGCAGUGCGUACCGGACAAGCGCGUACAUGCUUGAUGAUGGAGUGAUUGAUCCUCGAGAUACUCGCGACGUGCUUGCAAUGUGUCUAGAAAUCGUGCAAACGCCGCCAGUGCAAGGGAGCGAGGGACACCGGGCGUUGGCAAGGAUAUGA